AUGGCGAUGUUACACGAGCAGGCCUUCGGUGCCAAAACCCCGACAUAUGCAACAAUCCUGCAACUCGAUCGUAAAUUCCGCGCCUUCCCAGUUCCCCCAGUGCUGCAGGUUGCAGGGUUUGGGAGCUCGGAGUCUCGCCCCGGUGGAUUCCCACAAACCGUCAUGUUAAUGCUUCAACGUCAUAUUGUCUUAGCCAUCCGCGAGUCUAAUUUAUUGUAUCUCCACCGAAGCUUUUUUGCACGCGCAGUCAGUGACCAUCCCAAAGACCCACUUGGAAGCCCAUACGGCACUUCGGUCAUCGCGGCAUAUCGUAGCGCUGGAUCACUUGUUGCUUUAAUGCGGAACCUCCACACGCAACUAAAAGAGCCUAGCGAGAGAAUGUGGUUCCUAUGGACCCAUAUGUUCUCCUGUGCCAUUGUUCUCGGCUCAAUAGUCACUCGGUGCCCUUCUAUGAGCUUAGCUCCGUCUGCCUUGGUGCAACUUGACUCGGCUUGCGAGCUCUUCUCAAAGGCGGCACCUGGUUUCCGUGCUGAGAAAGUUCUGCGCAUUAUUUUGAACCUGCAAGCCAAGGCUCACGCAAGCUUGGAUGACUAUCGCAAAGGCAAGGGAUCACCCGUCAGCCGCCACCCGACAGAACCUCUUUCCCCUGUUGAACCUGACGACGAACUCGACACUCUCGGCGGAAAGACGCGCCUGGUAGCCAAGAAGGAGCCCAUGUCUCCUCCCGUACAGCCACAAGUACUAGAACGAUCCCCCACAUCACACAACCCCGUCGUCCCCCUUCCCCUGUCUCCAUCGGCGGGAAGUGCACUGGGGCCUCAAGUCCUAGAGUACCUUCGUACGUUUGGGGACAAUCCAACACGGAUCCCAUCCCAAGACAUCAUGAUGGUAUCCGAUCCUUCCUCAUCCGGCCCGUACGAUGACAUCUCCACAUACGGCAUGUCGACAUUACAGGGACACUACCACAGCGAGCCGGCAUCUUAUCAGCAGUCCUCCCGACAUACAUCCCACGCAAUACACGCGAAUCAUCCGCCCUCGCCGGUACAACUUCAACAUCAGCAACAUCAGCAACACCUAUAUCAACCUAUUAUCACUGACAGCAACGGGCUGCAAAACAGCGGUAGCAGUGUCAACGGGAUGAUGAACACCAACACCUUCCCACAGUACUUCCCUGUUUACGACUACGGCUCGGGUAUCGCGGAUCAGUCCCACUCUGUGAAUGGCUUCUCCCCAGUCGAUAAAUCUGCGGGGAUGAUGAACGGAAUGAUGAAUGGCCAUGAAGUUAAUCAGCGCCGCGCUUCUGGGUCCCCGGAACACAACCGGAUGGAAUCCACUUGGGAUGAUUUCGUGGGCAACUUCAUUCGCUGA